AUGGUGGAGUCGGCUACUCUCCUUGCCGGUGAUGACGUCAACUUGACACAGUUCCACGAGGGCCUCCGAAUGAGGUUCAUGGAUCUGCACACGGAGCAUUUCAGCAGUAAUGAUGACGUUGACGCUGCUCGUGCUAGUGGUCGUAUGGCGUGUGCGGUCUUGGCUCGACUAGUGGUCCGGUCGGCUGGUGACGAUGUGACUACUAUGGUGGAUGAAAACUUAUCGGAGAGGCUUCUUGAAGUACUACGGCAGCUGGUGUAUGUCAAAAGUGAAGCAGGCAUGUUGACUCCGCGGACAGUGGUAAAGAUGCACAUGGAGCUAUCCUGGCUUAAAGGGGAGGAUCCGUUCGAAG